AUGGUAAAAUCCGACAAUGGGAGCUACAGUAUUGCCUCUACAUUUAUCAUUGUGGGGUUUGAAACCCUACGGGAGAUGGAGCUGGUCCUAUUCUGCCUGUUCACAAGCAUGUACAUCUUCACGGUUGGAGCACAUUUCCUUAUCAUUACACUGGUGGCUGUGGACCAGUGUCUCCAUAAACCCAUGUACUUACUUCUGGCCAACUUCUCCAUGCUGGAGGUCCUCUACACCACUGUGACUGUUCCAAAAAUGCUUGAUGCCUUAUUGACCCGGCACAAAGAGAUUUCUUCCCCAUCCUGCUUGGCUCAGUUUUACUUCUUCUUUGGUUUUGGGGCUGCAGAAAAUUGUCUUCUUACUGUGAUGGCAUAUGACCGCUAUGUGGCCAUCUGCUGGCCCCUGCAUUAUGCCACUGUAAUGACUGGUAAAACCUGCAUGAGCUUGGCUCUUGGAGCUUGUUUUGGAGGUUUGUUGGCUGCCUUUCCUCCUGCCAUGUGGCUCUCUACCUUGAGGUUCUGUUUUCCUAAUUUUAUUGACCACUUCUUUUGUGACUAUGCCCCUCUCUUGAAAAUCUCCUGUGAGGACAAUUCAGAUGGAGAGUUUGCUUUCAUGGUCAUGUCUUGGAGUGUUAUUAUGGGCUGUUGUCUGCUCAUUAUGGUCUCCUACACACUCAUUAUCACUGCAGUCAUAAGGAUCCCAUCAACAGAAGGACAGAAGAAAGCAUUUAACACAUGUGCAUCCCACCUAGUUGUGGUGUCCAUCUUUUAUGGAACAAUCAUUUUCAUGUACAUUCGACCCACCUCCCACAUUAGGUUUUCAAAGGACAAGGUGGUCUCUGUCUUCUACUGUGUGGUGACUCCACUGAUGAACCCCAUAAUAUAUUGUCUCAGGAACCAAGAGGUGAAGACAUCUGUAACAAAAACUUUACGGAAACUGGCAUGUAAUGGGAAUUACAUAAUAAUAGGAGCAUGGAUGGCGGGACAUAACAACUUUCCGGGAAAUAGGAAAUUCUGA